UUUUACCCUUUAUUGUAGCAGUGUGGUUUUACCAGGAAGUGUUAAAUGCUAUGGUUUAAAAGCAAAGGAAAAUGCUAGAAUGCAAGAAGACGAUUCAUCCCUUUAAAGGGCCUGAAAGGUAAAAGUCAUAUACAAGGACAAUAUGGAAGCUGUCUGACUCCGGAGCAUGGCAGACAUGUGAAACCUUGGAUGCCAGCCGCUGUUGAACAUCUCAAAGGAGAAGAAGACAAAGACACGGCUUUGGUGAUAAGAAAAACUAUGAGUCUCCUGCCUGGGUCUGUGGUGCUCUUCAUUUUGGCACUUUCACUUUCCGAGACAUUUGCAAUCAGGAUCAUCGGCGGUCAUGAGGUCUUGCCGUACUCGAUGCCAUAUCAGGCCUCCCUGCAGUAUGUGGAUAGGAAAAACAAUAGGAGACACUACUGUGGAGGAACCCUAGUGCACCCACAGUGGGUGGUGUCUGCUGCCCACUGCUGGAGACCGAGCAGUCGAGUAACGGUAGUGCUGUGUGAACACCACCUGUAUAAAAAAGAAGGAUUUGAGCAGGUCUUUAACGUCUCGAAGAUAUUCGUCCACAGCUACAACCGCAAUACGUUCAACAACGACAUCAUGCUCCUAAAGCUGAGUCGGCCUGCACAGGUGAACAAGUGCGUCCAGCCAGCUUCUCUGCCAGAUCUAAACACUCCAGCUCUCAAAGACGAUGUGUGCACAGUGAGCGGAUGGGGUGUGACAAAGAUUUACAGCUACUCCCUCUCUCCUGUGCUACGUGCUGUGGAUGUGAGAAUAGUCCCCUACUGCCGUUAUUAUUACUACUGGAGGAUGAUCACUUCAAACAUGCUCUGUGCUGGUUCACGAUUCGGUGGAAAAGAUUCCUGUCAGGGCGACUCUGGUGGUCCUCUUAUCUGCAACGGCUACUUUGAAGGCAUCGUCUCCUGGGGUAUCAGCUGUGCAAACCCCUACUUUCCUGGAGUCUACACCAAAGUCAGGAACUACUCCAAGUGGAUCAACUGGAUUAUCAAAAAUAACACACCUUGAACAGUCCCCACAAGAAGCACCUAAAAUCACCUCAUUAUGGCCUUUAAUAUUUACAGAAUACUGUCCUAUGUUUUUUUUUAAAGAUGCAGUUUACUAUGUUUGGGUUCUUUUCAGAAAUCCAGGAUUAUCUGCUGUUUCUAAAUAUUGAUUUCCUUUUAUUUCUUGUAUUCAAUUUGCCCAUAAAAUGUUCAUUUUACUUUUUCACCAUCACUCAAAUUUAAAGAUUGUACAGAUUUAAGUCAUUAUAACCAUCAUUUUUAUCAAUAUUAUUAUUAUUAGUGGUGGUGUUUAAGCAAUAGUAGCAAAACUGUUGAGUUGCAUUGACGUGCAAGGUUUGGCAACGUGAUUAAAAUCAAUACCAAUAUGGAAUUUCACCCAACUCACUUCUAUUGAUGUUUCCAUAUUAAAUCAAUAUUUUUUAAUUUUCAUAUAAAGUUAAAUCAAUAUUCUCUUCAAAGUGACAAAUGUGAUGAUCGCACACAGACAUAUCAUAUACAGCAGUGCCCAUCAGCAUUUGUCACAACUCCUGACUCCUUCUACACUUUAUUGAAACAUGCAAUCCAUUGUUAAUAUGAACAUAUUGAUUUGUGUUGUUCAAAAGGCAUCGCAGCCAAGUACUGGAUCAAUACUGAGCCCCAGUACCCUCCUAAUGUCACUACAA